UCCUCCAUGUUCUUCCAGUUUGGGCCAUCCAUCGAACAACAAGCUUCUGUGAUGCUCAAUAUCAUGGAAGAGUACGACUGGUACAUCUUUUCUAUUGUUACCACUUAUUUCCCUGGUUACCAGGACUUUGUGAACAAGAUCCGCAGCACCAUCGAGAAUAGCUUUGUGGGCUGGGAGCUGGAGGAAGUCCUCCUACUUGACAUGUCCCUGGAUGAUGGAGAUUCAAAGAUCCAGAAUCAGCUCAAGAAACUCCAAAGUCCCAUCAUUCUUCUUUAUUGUACCAAGGAAGAAGCCACCUACAUCUUUGAAGUGGCAAACUCAGUCGGGCUGACAGGCUAUGGCUACACAUGGAUUGUGCCUAGCCUGGUGGCAGGGGAUACAGACACAGUGCCCUCGGAGUUCCCCACUGGGCUCAUCUCUGUAUCAUAUGACGAGUGGGACUAUGGUCUCCCUGCCAGAGUGAGAGAUGGAAUUGCCAUCAUCACCACUGCUGCUUCCGACAUGUUGUCUGAACACAGUUUCAUCCCCGAGCCCAAGAGCAGCUGCUACAACACCCAUGAGAAGAGAAUCUACCAGUCCAAUAUGCUCAACAGGUAUCUGAUCAAUGUCACUUUCGAAGGGAGAAACCUGUCCUUCAGUGAGGACGGCUACCAGAUGCAUCCCAAACUGGUGAUAAUCCUUCUGAACAAGGAGCGGAAAUGGGAGCGGGUGGGGAAGUGGAAAGACAAAUCCCUGCAAAUGAAGUACUAUGUGUGGCCCCGGAUGUGUCCAGAGACUGAAGAGCAGGAGGAUGACCACCUGAGUAUUGUGACUCUGGAGGAGGCACCAUUUGUCAUUGUAGAGAGUGUGGACCCUCUGAGCGGAACCUGCAUGAGGAACACCGUCCCCUGCCAAAAGCGUAUCAUCUCUGAGAACAAAACAGAUGAGGAGCCAGGCUAUAUCAAAAAGUGCUGCAAGGGGUUCUGCAUCGAUAUCCUUAAGAAAAUUUCAAAAUCUGUGAAGUUCACUUACGACCUUUACCUGGUAACCAACGGCAAACACGGCAAGAAAAUCAAUGGAACCUGGAAUGGUAUGAUUGGAGAGGUGGUCAUGAAGCGGGCCUACAUGGCGGUGGGAUCACUCACCAUCAAUGAAGAACGCUCAGAGGUGGUCGAUUUCUCUGUGCCCUUCAUAGAGACUGGCAUCAGUGUCAUGGUGUCACGCAGCAAUGGGACUGUGUCACCUUCUGCCUUCUUAGAGCCAUUCAGUGCUGACGUGUGGGUCAUGAUGUUUGUGAUGCUGCUGAUCGUCUCAGCUGUGGCUGUCUUUGUCUUUGAGUACUUCAGCCCUGUGGGUUAUAACAGGUGCCUCGCUGAUGGCAGAGAGCCAGGCGGCCCAUCUUUCACCAUUGGCAAAGCUAUUUGGUUACUCUGGGGUCUGGUGUUCAACAACUCCGUCCCCGUGCAGAACCCGAAGGGGACCACCUCCAAGAUCAUGGUGUCAGUGUGGGCCUUCUUUGCUGUCAUCUUCCUGGCCAGCUACACUGCCAACUUAGCUGCCUUCAUGAUCCAAGAGGAAUAUGUAGACCAGGUUUCUGGCUUGAGUGACAAAAAGUUCCAGAGACCUAAUGACUUCUCACCUCCUUUCCGCUUUGGGACAGUGCCUAAUGGCAGCACAGAGAGGAAUAUUCGCAACAACUAUGCGGAAAUGCACGCCUAUAUGGGAAAGUUCAACCAGAGAGGGGUGGAUGAUGCCUUGCUCUCCCUGAAAACAGGGAAACUGGAUGCCUUCAUCUAUGAUGCAGCAGUGCUGAACUACAUGGCAGGCAGAGAUGAAGGCUGUAAGCUGGUGACCAUUGGAAGUGGGAAGGUCUUUGCUUCAACUGGGUAUGGCAUUGCCAUCCAGAAAGAUUCUGGAUGGAAGCGCCAAGUGGACCUUGCGAUCCUGCAGCUCUUUGGAGAUGGGGAGAUGGAGGAACUGGAAGCUCUCUGGCUUACUGGCAUUUGCCACAAUGAAAAGAAUGAAGUUAUGAGCAGCCAGCUGGACAUCGACAACAUGGCAGGGGUGUUCUACAUGUUGGGGGCAGCCAUGGCUCUCAGCCUUAUCACCUUCAUCUGCGAACACCUUUUCUAUUGGCAGUUCAGACACUGCUUUAUGGGUGUCUGCUCUGGCAAGCCUGGCAUGGUCUUCUCCAUCAGCAGAGGUAUCUACAGCUGCAUCCACGGAGUGGCCAUUGAGGAGCGCCAGUCUGUGAUGAAUUCCCCCACGGCCACCAUGAACAACACGCACUCCAACAUCUUGCGCCUGCUCCGCACGGCCAAGAACAUGGCAAACCUGUCUGGUGUGAAUGGUUCACCUCAGAGCGCCCUGGAUUUUAUACGCCGCGAAUCAUCUGUCUAUGACAUCUCUGAGCACCGACGCAGCUUCACGCACUCUGACUGCAAGUCCUAUAACAACCCACCCUGUGAGGAGAACCUGUUCAGUGACUACAUCAGCGAGGUGGAGAGAACGUUCGGCAACCUGCAGCUGAAAGACAGCAACGUGUACCAAGAUCACUACCACCAUCACCACCGGCCACACAGCAUCGGCAGCGCCAGCUCCAUCGACGGGCUCUACGACUGUGACAACCCACCCUUCACUACCCAGCCCCGGUCCAUCAGCAAGAAGCCCCUGGACAUCGGGCUGCCGUCCUCUAAGCACAGCCAGCUCAGCGACCUAUAUGGAAAAUUUUCCUUCAAGAGUGACCGCUACAGUGGCCACGACGACCUGAUCCGCUCUGACGUCUCAGACAUCUCCACGCACACCGUCACCUACGGCAACAUUGAGGGCAACGCGGCCAAGAGGCGGAAGCAGCAAUACAAGGACAGCCUCAAGAAGAGACCGGCCUCCGCCAAGUCCCGGCGGGAGUUCGACGAGAUCGAGCUGGCUUACCGCCGCCGGCCGCCCCGCUCCCCUGACCACAAACGCUACUUCAGGGACAAGGAAGGGCUACGGGACUUCUACCUGGACCAGUUUCGCACCAAGGAGAACUCGCCUCACUGGGAGCACGUGGACCUGACCGAUAUCUACAAGGAGCGCAGCGAUGACUUCAAGCGUGACUCCAUCAGCGGAGGAGGGCCCUGCACCAACAGGUCGCACCUCAAGCACGGGCAGGGCGACAAACACGGUGGGGUCGGUGGGGUGCCGGCCCCCUGGGAGAAGAACCUGACCAACGUCGACUGGGAGGACCGGUCUGGGGGCAACUUCUGCCGAAGCUGCCCCUCCAAGUUGCACAACUACUCCACGACGGUGGCAGGUCAGAACUCAGGCAGGCAGGCGUGCAUCCGCUGUGAGGCUUGCAAGAAAGCUGGCAACCUGUACGACAUCAGCGAAGACAACUCCCUGCAGGAGCUGGACCAGCCGGCAGCCCCCGUGGCGGUGCCCUCCACCGCCUCCUCCACCAAGUACCCCCAGAGCCCGACCAAUUCCAAGGCUCAGAAGAAGAACCGGAACAAACUGCGCCGGCAGCACUCCUACGACACCUUCGUGGAUCUGCAGAAGGAGGAAGCCGCCCUGGCCCCACGCAGCGUGAGCCUAAAAGACAAGGGCCGAUUCCUCGAUGGGAGCCCCUACGCCCACAUGUUCGAGAUGCCAGCCGGUGACAGCACCUUUGCCAACAACAAGUCCUCAGUGCCCACCGCUGGACACCAUCACCACAGCAACAACCCCAGCGGCGGCUACAUGCUCAGCAAGUCACUCUACCCUGACCGGGUCACACAAAACCCUUUCAUCCCCACUUUUGGGGAUGACCAGUGCUUGCUCCAUGGCAGUAAAUCCUACUUCUUCAGGCAGCCCACGGGGGCGGGGGCAUCGAAAGCCAGGCCGGACUUCCGGGCCCUCGUCACCAACAAGCCGGUGGUCUCAGCCCUCCACGGGGCUGUGCCAGGCCGUUUCCAGAAGGACAUCUGUAUAGGGAACCAGUCCAACCCCUGUGUGCCUAACAACAAAAACCCCAGGGCUUUCAAUGGCUCCAGCAAUGGGCACGUUUAUGAGAAACUUUCUAGUAUUGAGUCUGAUGUCUGA